AUGUCAUCCAGUGAAUAUAUUCGAAAGAAAAAUCGAUUGAAAAAGCAAUGGUCCUAUAUAGAUGCUGCGCUUAAAAUUGUUCAAUUAACUCAACAAACUGAAAAACGAAAAUAUCUUCGUGAAGCAAUUAUAAAAUCAGAUUAUCAAACAUUUGAUAAAUUAUUAAACGAUGAUCCAAUAUUAGUUGAUUGCCCGGCGCCAGUUGGUUACAAUCAUUUUAAUAUAUAUCAAAUUAUAGUCGAACGAUCCACCGAUACAUUUAUUGACAAUGUAUUUAAGAAAUAUUUUACUAUGAUUGAUAAUUCAACUGAAGGUGGGAAAUUUCUUGUGCCAAUCGCAUGCGAACGAGGUGAUUGCAAAAUUCUUCAGUUAAUUUUAAAACAUUUUCCGUGUGCACCACUUGAUGGUAUUAGUAAUUCGAAUCAAUCACAUAAUUAUUUACUCCAUGAUGAACCACGUCAUUUAAUUCAACGUGAAUUAGAAGCCUACGAAAAUGAAAUACCUUUAGCAUGUAUUAUUCGAAAUGAUCGGUCUGAUCUUCUAUCAAUUCUAUUUCAAUUUAAAUCUUUUUCAUUUGAUUGUUUAACUCAACAACAAAAACAGCAAAUUUUCUAUCUUUGUUUAUUAGCUGAACAUCGGCAAGUAACUAUUGAUAAAUAUAAUAUAAAAUGGUAUAAAAAUCAAUCAUUGCGUCCAUGUGGUUCUCUUGAAUGUUUUCGUUUACUUAUUGAAUAUGCUGGAUUUAAUCCAUUUCAUGAUGAAAAAUCAUUUAUAUCUCCAUUUACACUCAUUGUUGAACCUAUCUAUCUCUAUCUAAUACAAUUACACAAUAAAUUAUUAAUUGAUUUACAAAUUAAAUUUCAUACACGUUUACUACGAGCUUUAUAUGAUUUAAUAAAUAAACAAAUGCAAUUAUUUAGUUAUCUUAUAAGCCAUUGCUGUUUGAAACCAUCGGAAAGUGAUAUUAUACGUUUAAAUGAAUGUAAUCAUUAUAUUGAUGAAAUAUUUCAUCAGAGUAAUGAAUAUUUAUUAGUAAAACGAACAAUGUCAACUAUAAAUAAUAUCUUAUCGAGAAUUGAUAGGAAAAAUAGUGAUAAAUGUUUAUCAUUAAAACAAAUAUGUCGAUUUGCUAUUCGCAAUUACGUACAAAAUAAACAAUGUGUACUUGUACAAGUUGAAAGAGCCUUUGUUAAUUUAAGCUCUAGCCAUAAAAAAUAUUUGAAAUGUGUCAGUUGA